AUGAAUGUGAUUGAAUGCGAAUUGAAAGUAGAUGUAAAUCCUGGAUGGGUUAAAUUCUCAAUUAUGAAAGUACCCCUUCGAGAAAAGAUUAUUAAUUAUACAUUUUUCAUAGUGAACAGUAAAAAAAUGCAUUCAUACCUUGAAAUCAUAAAAGGCAAACUUGUUAUUCAUAGACAGGACUAAUUCCCAAGAAUGGAACAUAUUGAAGUACCUUGUAGAUAAAUAAGGAUACAACAAAUACCUUAAGCUUUUUUUCAUCAAAUUGAAUUGAAGAUUCCUAGAAAGAUCCAAGAAGAAAUCAGAGACUUUCAAUAAUGAUUGAUAUCAAACACAAACUAAUUGGAGAUAUAAAAUUCAAUCAUCUAUCUAAUAGAUUGAAGUUUUA